AAAUUCAAACGACGAUGCUGCGGAGGAAACCCAGCCAAAUCGAAGUCAAAAUCGAAGACAAAGAAGAAAUCGAAGAAGCACGCAAACGCACCACCACCACCACCUCCGCUGCCUUCAAUCCCACCGGCGCCACCUCUCUCCUCCACCACUUCAACAAUUCCUCCGCCUCCGCCACUUCCAAAGCCCAACGCAUCGGCCUCCAAUAAUAAAUCUUCUCACUUUCUUAUCCUUUCUUCUUCACUUUUCAUAUUUUACAACAAUUUGUGUACGGAUCCAAACCCUAACCCUAAUUCACCAUGGAGGUCGAAGUGAAGCUCCGAUUACCCGAUUCCAACACCUACAAAACCCUAACUUCUCUCCUAGCCCCGUUCCACGUCAGAACACACAACCAGCACAACAAUUUCUUCGACGGCGCCGCCGGAGAACUCUCCGGCCGCCGUGCCGUCCUCCGCAUCCGCUUCUACAACGACCAACCGGCUCGUAAAUGCAUAAUCUGUCUCAAAGCCAAAGCCGUUUUAAUAAACGGAGUCAGUCGAGUUGAAGAAGAUGAAGAAGAAAUUGAUUUUUUAAUUGGUGAAGAAUGUUUAGCAAACCCUAAUCGAUUAGGGGGUUUGGUGGAAAGUUGUAGGAUUAUGAAGAGAGUGAAGGAUGAGUUUUUUGGGGGAAAUGAUAAUAAUGGGGAAUUGGGGUUGGUGUGUUUGGGUGGGUUUAAGAAUUUGAGGAAUGUGUAUGAGUGGAAAGGGUUGGUGAUUGAAGUGGAUGAGACGAGUUUCGAAUUCGGGUCGUUGUAUGAGAUCGAGUGUGAGAGUAGUGAGCCGGAGAAAGCAAAAGAGUUGAUUGAGGAGUUUUUGAAGGAGAAUGGGGUUGGGUAUUCGGAUUCGGUUGCUUCCAAGUUUGCGAUUUUUCGAUCUGGGAAGUUGCCGUAGUAAGUGAAGGUUAUGGCACAGGGAUCGGGGAUGAGGAGAUCCGUUGCAACCAGCAAUAAGGCAAGAUUCUUCGUUGUUGUAUGAAUUUCUUCGGAUUAUAUUGAUUAAUCUGGAACCAAAAUGUUAAACUGCUCUAUUCUUGAUUUUGUUUGGAACAAUGCGUUUUUUUACGCUGAUUAUUACUUCUCGUUUUUUUCCGAAUUUGGAUCUUGCUUUUAUGUUUA